CCACGUGACCAAACAUCAUGUGACGUCUGAGGAGCGGCGGCGGCGGCGGCGGCGGCGGAUUCUGAGCCCGGUCCGGCCCGGCCUUCCUAGCGCGCUCGGCCCGGCCCGCGCAAGCGGCCAGUCCCCCUGAGCCCCCGGCCCGGACCCUGCACGCCCGCCCCAGCCCCGCGCAGCCUUGGAGCGCGCGCGCGCGGCCCCGCCCCAGCCCCGCCUUGGCCCGCCCGGGCCCGCAGUGUGAGUGCCUGCUCAUUGUGCCCCCGGGUUAUGACGACCCCCAAUAAAGGAAACAAGGCCUUAAAGGUGAAGCGGGAGCCGGGCGAGAAUGGCACCAGCUUGACUGAUGAGGAGCUGGUGACCAUGUCGGUGCGAGAGCUGAACCAGCACCUGCGAGGCCUAUCCAAGGAAGAGAUCAUCCAACUGAAGCAGCGCCGGCGCACACUCAAGAACCGUGGCUACGCAGCCAGCUGUCGGGUGAAGCGGGUGACUCAGAAGGAGGAGCUGGAGAAGCAGAAGGCGGAGCUACAGCAGGAGGUGGAGAAGCUGGCCUCCGAAAAUGCCAGCAUGAAGCUGGAGCUUGAUGCUCUGCGCUCCAAGUAUGAGGCCCUGCAGAACUUUGCCAGGACCGUGGCCCGAAGCCCUGUGGCCCCAGCUCGCGGUCCCCUUGCUGCUGGUCUGGGGCCCUUGGUCCCUGGCAAGGUAGCUGCCACCAGCGUCAUCACAAUAGUAAAGUCCAAGACAGAUGCUCGGUCAUAGGGACACGUGCAAUUGCCAGGCAGGUCUUUUAAGGGGCCACUAAGUGCGUGGCAAAGUUGGCAGCCCUGUCCCUCUUCCUUUCCUUUUCCUGUCUCUUCUCCUCUCCCUUCCCCCUUACCUUCCCUGCAAAGCACAACCUGCACCCAGGGGCAUUGGGCUGAGCCCCAUUGUUAUCAUCCUUGUUGUCACGCGUGUGUUUUGUACGUUGGGAUUGGUCAGUUCAACAGUGAUGUUGGGUUGCCUCUAACCCCUUUGUACCAAGGCCAUGCAGGCUAGGAGUCCAGAGUGGGCACUGUGGGAAUGGACAGGAGUGCACUGGGCUUAGAUCUACCUUUCUCUCUGGUGGUCUGCAGGCUGUACAGGCUGCCAGUCUGCAGUGGGACUUGAGAGCUUUCUCUUCAGAUUCCAGUGGGCCUCUCAGCUUGAUUCAGAAAGGAAGAGACGGGCUCUGCCCUGAAAAGUGGUUAUGUCUUGAAGGCCCUGGAUGGAUAGGCCACCAGCCUGGGCACUAGGGCAGGAACCAUGGUGCUGGAGUCUGGCACAGUGCACUGGAUAAGACCAAAUCGCCGGUUAUAAGUGUGGGUGGAAGGUGUGUCAGUGUGUCCUGCGAUGGGUCCGGUGUCACUGUUUACAUGACCUAUUUGUGUGGUUAUAUAGCCCUUUAUUUAAAAGAAAAGUUCCUUUUACGAAGUUAUUAAAUUAUAUGUUUAAGAGCUAAAAAGGAAAAAAAAAAAAGCUGCAGAGUAUUUAUAAAAUUGUCUUUAAAAAAAAAAAACAAAAAAAACAUUUGACCGUAUAAAUGGAAAAGGGAAGAAAGUAUAGUAGAAACUUUGCUAGUUAAAAAAAAUCCCUUUCUUGUAAACUUGGGGACAGCUCUGUGGCUGUUGGAGUUUAGUUUUUAUACACAGAGUUAACAGACAUUACUUAUAAAACUUAGUUUAAAAAAAGAAAAAGAAAAAAAAAAAGCCAAGCUGCGAGCCGACCAGAGGCCGUCCUCUUUGAUAUCUCUUUUGCAAUUGUACCGAAAGUGACUUACUCCUUUGCCCUUCCUGCUUCCGUCUUGCCGGUGCCGUGGUGUUGUCCGUGCCUGGUAAGGUUUUGUGCAGCCGUAAAGUGCUGGUGCUUCUGGUGACCUUUGACCUGUGGCUGUCCCUGUGUGUGGGUUUGUGUGUGUGUGUCUGUGUGUGUGUCUGUGUGUGGGUUUGUUUUUUGGAUUUUGUUGUGGUUUUGCUUCUGCUGGCUUGCUGGACCUGGGUUGGGCUGGGGUCCCAGGCAGAACUUACUCCAUUGGAGUGGAGGGCACUGCCUGCCAGCUCACAUUCUUCUGCCCAUGUUCCAUUCCUCUGCUACUCGGUCCCCCUGAGCCUUGGCUUCGCAUAUGGGUCUAGGGCUUGGGUUGAUACAGUGGCACAGAGUAAGUGAAAUUUGGAGCUGCCUUGGGCCCCUACGCUGCUUCCAUAUCCACCACCUCUGGUCCUGGGUGGUGGCGCUGCAGGGACAGGGAGUCACUGUGGGUGCCACAGGGCUGUGUCCUACCUGUCCCUUGCUGUCUUCCUCCUGGCCUCAGCUUCGUUCCUACAGACUUCAUUUGGGGCCUUGGCUAGGCCACCCCAGUUGCCUACCUUGUGGGUUGGGAAUCCAACCACCCACCUAUCCCUAAAAUCCCAUUCUGUGGGGUGUUGUUCCCCAGGCAGAUUGGUCAGGGGCCCCACUUGGGGUAACCUGUUCUUCCCUGCCUCACUGUGAGAGCCUGGAGGCCUCCACCAUUGUCAGACAAGGGCUUUGGCUUCAGGGCCAGGUCUAUUUCUUCCCCACUGUCUGCAGCUCUUAGCUCUAGGCCCUUCUUAUGCCUCCCUUCAGGAUCUGUGUCUUCCAGGGAUCCGCUGUUGGACUUGGAGGUGCUUCUUUGCAGGGCCCACGCCUGCCUCCUCAAUCCAGCGAUCCAGUGGGGGCCACCCACCUUCCAGGCUUGGCUCAGGAAGCUCCUCAUAGGCGGAUGCCCACCUGCAAGAGGCUGUAUCCCUGUCUGGUCACAUGGCCCUUGGCAUUGCUGGUUCUUGGGGGCCCUGGAUCCCUGAAAAGCACAGAAGUGUGAGCUGAUGAAAGGAAAGAAUGGCCUGAUAGGCCUUUACCUCGAGGGCAGCAGGAUUUUCACUCAGUUUGACCUGGCAUGCAGUGCUCUGGGAGCAGGGCCUCUGCCAGCCCUGGCAUUUUGGUGGGCUUCUUUGGCUCAAGGUGCUCAGACACUCCCAUUGAUGCCUCAGUCAGAUAUGAGUGGAAGUCUGGACUGUUGAUUAUAAGUUACCAGGUGACCUCAUCCCCUCCCUUUGGUUCUCAAACUGGUAUCCAGAUGAGUUGCUGAUUCUGACUGGCAGCAGAGCUGGAGUGGAUUAUGCCCAUGCCUUGCAGAGGAGAGGGACAGGCUUUCCCAAGGUCUUUGGUCCUGGCUGAGUGGGAGCAUGGCCUUCCAUGUGCAUAGCUCCAUCCUGCUGGGAGGAAGAGGAAGAGGAGGCUGAGGCUGGACAUGUAUUGAAGAGAAGUAGCAGAUCUUAGCUUCUGAAUUGGAUAGGGCCACGCUCAUGGUUUUCAGGUUUGCAGCAUCUGUUUCUUGAGUCUGGGGAACAUUCCUGGUAAGCCAGCCCUCAGUGCCAUCCUGUCCCUUCUUGAUGUCCAAGUGUGACUGUGGCUGUCCUUCUGAUCAUUGUUAAUUCUGUUUUCCUACUGUGAGGGUCUUGUGCUUGACUUUCUGACACAGCAAAUGGAGAGCUUUGGCUGAAGCCAGUUCUCCCAGACUACUCUGCUAAGUAAACCAUUAUUGUGCGACUUCCCUCCUACCCUGACUUUGCCUGACCUCCUUCCUUGGACAUGGACACUCGGAUUUCAAAGAAAACCCCACAUGAGAUGGAUCAGUUUUCUGUAGAACAUGGUCCCAGAGAGUCCUCCCCAUCCGUUGUGUCUGGUCUGGCUGCUAACCUGGGUGUUGUACCAUUAGUGUGGGGCCUCCAUGGCAACACUGAGUUACUCUGAGUUCCCUGUCAUCACCAGGCUUCCCUACAGGCUGUUCUCAGUCCACCUUUCAGGUCUGUGUGUACUCUGUGUGUGUUAGCAGCAGCCUUGGUGUCCAGUGCCAGGGUGUGCAGUUUUCAUAAGCUACAGCCCAUUUUGAGAUGGUGAGGCCAUUUCCCUGCUGCCUCCCUCUCUGGUGUGGCUACUUGGCCAAAGCUCCCAUCCACAGCUGGGAUGUCUGAGCCACAGCCUGCUGCACUGUUUCCGCUCUGGGAUCUUCUGAGUUACUUUUUUAGGCUGUGGUUUGGUAAAAGGAACCAACACAUUAACGAUUUUUUUCCCCAAAAGCCACUGAAUAAUUCUUCUUGGCAUGUUUUCAUGUUCCCAUUGGCUGCCUGGUUUGGGAGCAGUUGUGGAGAAGAGGACAGACUCAGUACCACACAGAGGCAUGGAACUGUGAGAGCUGCUCGUGGCUUGCCUGUUUCUGGCAUGUGUCCCAGGCGUGUGCUGUUACCUACUGGGCCAGCUGCACACAUUCGACCCUGUCCCUGGAGCAGCAGCAUGGGUGUCUGGAAGUGUCCCUGACGGAGUUCCCUGUUAUCUGACCCCAGUUUGGCUUUCAGCCCCUCCAGCAACUCUAUGCCCCAGUCAUGUCUUUCCUCCCAUCCUCUUUCUGCUAGUCCUUGAAGCCUUUAACCAAUGGGAGUGGGUAGAGAAAGCCUUCUCCUGGCAACUUAGGGCAACAGGACAAGGGCUAUUGUGUGUCCAGCUCUGUUGGUCUCCUGGUGCUGAGAGGUGUGUCCAAGCAGAGUUGAUCAGUCCCUGCCUGCCCUGCAGGGCUGAAGCCAGGUGGAGGUUAGUAGAGAGUACCCUAAAUGGAAUGGGGGUCCAUAAAGAUCUAAGUGAGGAGGGGCUAGGAUGUGGCUGCAAGGUGAGAACCGGUCUCCUGCACCUGGGUAGGGUCAUCAGGGAUCUGGCUGCGAAGUGAGGCCUGGGCGUUCGCACCAGUGCAGAGCAAUCAGCCGUCUGGUCUCAGCAGACAGCAGCCUUGGUGCCCACCCGUGCCCUGCGCAGUAUUUAUUGCUAAAUUAUUGUCCAGGAGGGGCGGCGCUGGGCCUGGCCCCCCGGGUAUUUAUUGCUGUACAUAGUGUAUGUUUGUGAUAUAUAAGGUUUUCUUUAUUUUGUAUAUGAUCAAUAAACGCCUUUUAAAGAGA